AUGUCUAAUGUUUCCAGUCCAACUGGGUUUUCUGGUUUAGAAGACCGAUUUUAUGAUCAUAUAGAUAUAAACGAAAAAAUGCGAGUUCCAAACGAUCAAGUAUCUGGGGAUCUGAUAAUCAAUAUAUGGGACAAUUGCUCCACCAAGAGAGGUGUAUUAGAAAAUACAGUAAUGCCACGUGAUCCAGGAAUGAUCAGAGUGCAGACACCUCCUAGAGUAAUUACUUUAAACGACCAUUAUUUUCCUACUGUCGAAGAUGAUGAUGAUUUAUUCGAUAGAGACUCUGGUCCGACAUCGGAAAAAAGUAAUAGUAGUGCUCAGCUAAGUCAUAGUAAAAUUAUCGUGCCCAUGAAUCAAUGGUCUUCAACUGCUGCUGUUAAUGAAUCUGGAGGGAAUUCUCAUAAAGGUCUUCUUCCUGGGGAAGAAUUAUCACAUUUGAGAAGCCAAAUGGCAAAAUUAAAUAGAAGGCUUAUGGCUUUAGAAUUAGACAAUUUGCAAAGACAGCAAAGAGAAAAAUAUUUAUUAGCAUUAGGAUUGGGGUAUUUCCUUGUUAAAUUUGUUAUAUGGCUAAAUAAGUAA